AUGACAAUAUAUUCACUUUACAUAAUAAACAAAGCCGGUGGACUUAUAUAUCAAAAUGAUGUUAAUCCAGGAUUAUCACGUCUUACAGCAAAUGAAUAUUUAGUUUUAGCAGGUACAUUACAUGGUGUAUUUGCUAUAGCAUCAAAAUUAACACCCACAGCAUUAAAAGUUAGUACACCAUCAUCAAUUUCCGGGGUUCAUAAUAGUGCAACAAGUUCAAUAACUUCAUCAUCAAUUGGAGGUGGGACUAAUAGUUCAAAUAAUAUAAAUUCAAAUUCUACAAUAUUAUCAAAUUAUUCUAAAGGUGCAUUAAAUGUUGUAUCUAAUUCAAAUACAUCAGGGUUAAGAUCUGUUGAUACUAAAUUUUUUUCAAUUCAUAUAUUUCAAACUUUAACAGGUUUAAAAUUUUUAUUAGUUACAUCACCAAAUGGAUUAAAUUCAAAUGAUGGUAUAAAUAAUACUGGAAGUAAUGUUGAUUUAAAUAAAAAUUCUGAAUUUGCAGAAAGUGUACUACGAAGAAUUUAUUCAAUUUAUUCAGAUUACGUUAUGAAGAAUCCAUUUUAUUCAAUGGAUAUGCCUAUUAGAGUUGAUUUAUUUGAUCAAAAAGUUACAGAGUUGAUAAAAACACUUUCAUGA